UCUCAAUUCAAAGAACUCAAUACCUUUAUAAACUCUGUCCCUCUGAUGCCACCUUUACAUCUACCCUCCAUUAAUUUCCAUCCCAUAAGCUCUCUUUGCCUUAAUUUAUCACACCUCCCUCCUCCUUCUUCUUCUUCUCACGGGGCAACAUGCACAUAUCUAAAGCAUCCUCUAACUUGAGGAGAAACAUUCUGGAGAAGCCCAGAAGCCCAGACACAGCAGCAGAUACCAAGACCGACCACAGCUUUAAUUUGUCCAAGCACCUCAAGAAGAUAUACCCGAUUGGGCUCCGGCGAAGCAGCUCAUCCCUCUCGUUCUCUUCGCUCUCUUUGUCGCUGUCUCAGAACUCGAACGACUCAACCGCUACGGACCACUCAAGUAUCUCACCGCUGGAUCAUAAGAUCUCCUUGGCCCUCAGGCUGAUCUCUCCACGACCGGCCCUCGAGAGGAAGGAAGCCUUGCCGGGUUUGAAUGUUCAGAGAAAUGGCACGGUCCAUCAUCAUCAAGGACAGUGUGUUAGUCCAAGCUCGGGCAGCGACGAUGGAGAGCCCAGGAGAUGCUACUGGAUUACCAAGAGCAGCGAUAAAGUUUACGUAUCAUUUCAUGACGAACAUUGGGGAGUGCCAAUUUACGAUGAUCGAGAGCUAUUUGAGCUACUCGCAAUGUCGGGCAUGUUGAUGGACCACAACUGGACCGAGAUUUUGAAAAGAAAGGAGCUAUUUAGGGAAGCUUUUGCUGGAUUUGAUCCAAAUAUUGUGGCCAAAAUGGGCGAUAAGGAGAUCACAGACAUAGCCUCCGAUAAAGAAAUUAUGCUAGCAGAGAGCAGAGUGAGGUGCAUUGUCGACAAUGCCAAGUGCAUAUUGAAGAUUGUGAGGGAGUUUGGAUCAUUCAGCAGUUAUAUGUGGAGUUAUGUGAACCAUAAGCCGAUUAUCAACCGUUACAGGCACCCAAGAAACAUCCCCCUCAGGACGCCGAAAGCCGAGGUGAUCAGUAAGGAUCUGCAGAAGCGAGGGUUCCGACUGGUGGGGCCGGUGAUUGUGUGCUCGUUCAUGCAGGCAGCUGGGCUGACGAUUGACCAUCUCGUAGAUUGCUAUAGGUACAGCGAGUGCGUGUCCCUUGCAGAAAGACCUUGGAGGCACAUUUAACUAAUUUAACGUACAUAUAUAUGCCCUUUCUAUUUAUAGAGCUUAAUCAGUAAAUUUGUGCUUAAGGUUUACUGAGGCUUUUAAAUAUAAUAUUUUCUUAUUUAAAACAUUCCAAAUGGCAAAUGGAAGGAUCGGACGGGCUAACAUACGAAUUGUGUAUAGCUUUCUCUGUAUUUAUUUGGGGUCUUUGAGAAUGUAUUUUAUUGUGUUAUUUGUAUGAGAAGUUUUUAUUUGGGGUGAAA